AUGGCCAAGAUGUCUAGCCUAGACGUGGAGAUAGCAUGCGACGCUAUGCUGGUUGAGAUUGAGCUGCCUUUGGUAUAUGAAGAACUCUUCUCUGACUAUGAGCUCCUGAUUGCGCUGAAGGGUUCGCCCUAUCACCUGGCCCUCAAGAAGCUCCCUGAGCUCGUCGCUCAAAACAAGGACGUCAAACCUCUGAGCACACUCAGUUUUUUGCAUACCCAACAACUUUUGUAA